AUGGACUUCGGGCGUCGAUUGAACAAGCGGCUGAAAAUCAGUCACUCCGCGGCAAGAGAAAUCGUGCCACUAAUACAGGUAGUGGCCAACGGUAGCAGCAAGGAGGCAGCACAGGUGCUCGCCAUCAGCAACAAAAUGGGCAAAAUGGGAGCAAGAAAAUCAGCUUGGCGAUGGUCAACGAAACCGAAGCAUGACAGAAAAAACAAAACUUGUCACCGGUGCAAUGGGAUCGGUCACUUCCAGGCAGACUGUACGGUUAUUAUCGAUGGUGUUGCUGGGCCUGGUGCGGCUGCCACCAGUGGAGGCAACACUGGGACGAAAGCUGGGACGCAACGGCGUCAGCAGUGCUCCAACUACACGAGUCGAGGCGGCGAAGUCCGUGCAAACAGGCGUGGAGUUGUUGAAGAUGAGCAAGGUGUGGCUGCUGGUGUUGCGAUGGUCAGUCCGAUGAUGGCCGUUCCGGACACGAAAAAUGAGGAUGACAACACAGGUUCCAAUGUGCACUUGACCGGUGAUCGCUCUCUCUUUGUUCAUCUCGAAGAAAUUCAACCAGAAAGUAUUGUUGCAGAUGUCGUCAUUGUGACCGCCGCGACGCUAACUCGUGCGUCUGGCAUUUGUCGAAUAAUGAUCAUCACUCAGGUGGGUAACACCGAGGCUGAGGUCUUUUUGGACAAUGAACUGUACGUGGAAGGCGCGUCACACGGACUGUUUUCCAUGCAUCUCUCAAUUACCAAGCAGAAGCUCGAAAUCUCGUACGAUCGUGCAGCAUCGACAUUCAGUGCUUACAAAAAUGAGGAACAGGUGAUCUUUGCUGAUCCUCGCGAAAAUAUUUGGGUGUUUGAGGCGAAGCAUAUAGCGGAUGCUCCGCGACGCCCUGGUUUACCGCGUGUGAUCGUCAAUUACACGAUCGCGGACGGUGUGGCCACACUCGAGCAGUAG